AUGGAGGGUACGAGACCAGAUUCACCUGAACCCAGCUGUGUCUCCAUGAAAAGCGACUGGUCAAUAGGACUACCAAUUACCUUUAAAGAUGGAGGAUGUUUUCCUGAUCUGAGUAUGAUGGAGGGUACAAGACCAGAUUCACCUGAACCCAGCUGUGUCUCCAUGAAGAGCGACUGGUCAAUAGGACUUCCAAUUACCUUUAAAGAUGGAGGAUGUUUUCCUGAUCUGAGUGUGGUGGAGGGUACUAGACCAGAUUCACCUGAACCCAGCUGUGUCUCCAUGAAGAGCGACCAGUCAAAUGUGAUGGAGGGUAAGAGACAAGAUUCACCUGAACCCAGCUGUGUCUCCAUGAAGAGCGACCGGUCAAUGGGAAUGCCAAUUCAAUUUAAAGAUGAAGGAAGUUCUACUGAUCUGAGACCACAAAAGAAGAAAUUAAAUGUUACUUACAGAGAUGAGCUGGAAUCCAUAUUUAAGGAACUGGAGGUUAAAGUCAUCAACAUGUUAAAGAAUGAGCUAAACAAGUUCAAAAAGCUACUGAAUGAAGAUUACCCAGCAUGCUCUGAGCAGGAGGUGAAUGACAAGAAAGAUCUAAGUAGUUUCAGAGAGGGGGCGCUAAAGAUCACACUGAAUGUUCUCAAGAUCAUGAACAAGACAGACCUCGCUAACACCCUGCAGAGGAAACUGGUCUCUGUAUAUCAGGAAAAACUCAAAUCAAACCUGAGAGAGAAAUGUAAAAGAAUCAGUGAAGGAAUCUCCCAGCAUGGAAGCUCAGCACUUCUGAAUAAGAUCUUCACAGAGCUCUACAUCACAGAGGGUUGGAGUGGAGACGUCAAUAAUGAACAUGAGGUCAGACAGAUUGAAGCAGCAUCCAGAAGACCAGCAGCAAAGGAGAUUCCCAUCAAAUGUAACAACCUCUUUACAAACUCGUCCAUCAGAACUGUGCUGACUAAAGGAAUCGCUGGAAUUGGAAAAACAGUUUCAGUGCAGAAGUUCAUUCUGGACUGGGCUGAAGGAAAAGCAAAUCAGGACGUCAUCUUCAUAUUUCCACUUCCUUUUAGAGAGCUGAACUUGAUGAAGCAGGAAAAUCUCAGUCUGAUGGAACUUCUUCAUCAGUUUUUCCCAGAAGUGAAAGGUCUGCCAUCAUUAGACUGUGAUAUUUAUAAAGUUUUGUUCAUCUUUGAUGGUCUGGAUGAGUGUCGACUUCCUCUAGGUUUUCAAAAUAAUGAGCGAUUGUGUAACAUAACGGAGUCAGUAAAAAUGGAUGUGCUGCUGACAAACCUCAUCAAGGGGAACCUGCUUCCCUCUGCUGACCUCUGGAUCACCACUCGACCAGGAGCAGCCAAUCAGAUCCCUACUGAGUGUGUAGACCAGGUAACAGAGGUACGAGGGUUCAGUGAUCCUCAGAAAGAGGAGUACUUCAGGAAGAGGAUCAGUGAUGAGAACCUGGCUAGUAAAAUCAUCACUCACAUAAAGUCAUCAAGAAGCCUCUAUAUCUUGUGUCACAUUCCAGUGUUCUGCUGGAUCUCAGCCUCUGUUCUAGAGAGAAUUCUGGAUGGAGCCAAGGGGAACAAAAUCCCCAAAACUCUGACUCUGACUGAAAUGUUCACUUACUUUCUGAUCUUUCAGAUCAAACACAAGGAACAAAAGUAUCAUGGGAAAUCUGACCCUGAUCCACACCAGACCAGAGAGAUGAUACUGGCACUGGGAAAACUGGCCUCCCAACAGCUGGAGAAAGGAAACCUGAUCUUCUAUGAGGAAGACCUGACAGAGUGUGGCAUUGAUGUCAAAAACACAUCAGUGUACUCAGGAGUCUGCACCCAAAUCUUUAGAGAGGAGGCUGGAUUGUACCUGGGUCAGGUCUUCAGCUUUGUGCACCUGAGUGUUCAGGAGUUUCUGGCUGCUUUAUAUGAAUUUCUCACCCUUAUCAACAAAAACAGAAAAAACACUGACUUUCUGAAGAGUGCAGUGGACGAGGCCUUACAGAGUAAGAAUGGACACCUGGAUCUUUUCCUCCGCUUCCUCUUGGGUCUCUCACUGGAGUCCAAUCAGACUCUUUUACGAGGCCUACUGCCACAAACAGGAAGUAGCUCCUACAACAAAGAAGAAACAGUCAGGUACAUCAAGAAGAAGAUCAGUGAGAAUCCCUCUCCAGAGAAAUCUAUCAAUCUGUUCCACUGUCUGAAUGAACUGAACGAUGAUUCUCUAGUGCAGGAAGUUCAAAAAUACCUCAACAGAGAAGGUUCUCUUCAUCACGAUAGACACCAUCUGUCUCCUGCUGAGUGGUCGACUCUGGUAUUUGUGUUGCUGAACUCAGAUCAGGAGCUGGAUGAGUUUAAUUUGAGGAAAUAUUACCCAUCACAUGAAGGUCUUCUGAAGCUGCUGCCAGUGGUGAAAGAAUCAAGAAAAGCUGAGUUGAGGAGCUACAGUAUUACAGAAGGUUUUACUGCUCUGGCUUCAGCUCUGAAAUCAAAUCCAUCAUCACGUCUGAGAGAACUGAGUCUGGACUUCAAUCAUUCAGGAGAAUCAGGAGUAAAACUGCUCAAAGAUCUACAGGAGGAUCCACAAUGUAACCUGAAGGAACUAAAGUGA